UCAGCAGACUGUAACCAUUAUAGACGCUACCCACGUCGUAGGGGUCCUCCUCCACGUAAUUACCAGCAGAAUUACCAGAAUAGUGAGAGUGGGGAAAAGAACGAGGGAUCGGAAAGCGCUCCUGAAGGCCAAGCCCAACAACAUCAGCCCUAUGGCAGGCAAAGGUUCUCACCUUACUAUUUGCGGAGACCCUAUGGGCAUCGACCACAGUAUUCCAACCCUCCUGUGCAAGGAGAAGUGAUGGAGGGUGCUGACAACCAGGGUGCAGGAGAGCAAGGUAGACCAGUGAGACAGAAUAUGUAUCGGGGUUACAGACCACGAUUUCGCAGGGGCCCUCCUCGCCAAAGACAGCCUAGAGAGGACGGCAAUGAAGAGGACAAAGAAAAUCAAGGAGAUGAGACCCAAGGUCAGCAGCCACCUCAAUGUCGGUAUUGUCGCAACUUCAAAUACCGACGCAGACGCCCAGAGAACCCUAAACCACAAGAUGGCAAAGAGACAAAAGCAGCCGAUCCACCAGCUGAGAAUUCGUCCGCUCCGGAGGCUGAGCAGGGCGGGGCUGAGUAA